UGUGGUGUGCGCCGGGCUCCUCGCCGCCGCUUUCGCUCGCUCGCUCCGCGUCUCGGCGGGAGGAGGCGGCAGUGGCGCCGGCGACAGCCCCGGCAGCGGCAGCCACCGCGGCGGCCGCGGCAUCUCCGCCUCCCCCCCCCGCCCCGGGACGGCCCCCCACCGCCUCCCCGCCCCCUGCCGGCCCGGGAGCCCGCCGCGGGGCGGAGGAAGGAGCCGCCCCCCGCCCCCUCCAUACCCACCCCCCAAAGAGAGCCCUCUUCCCCUCCCCCUCCCGCCGCCACUGGCGCUGAGCCGGGGCAAUGCUGACCCCUUAGAUCCCGCUCCAGCUGCUCGGCGGGGAAGAGGGGGCACCCCUCCUCGGACCCGCACCCCUGCCCUCCACGGGGUGCCCCCUUUCUCUCUCCUGGUCUCGAGGCUGCUUCGCCGAAGGUAGUCCUGAACCGGAGGCUGAGCGCGAAGCGAAGAAGCCAGAACAAAGUGAGGGGGGAGCCUGCCGGCUGGCCCAGGGGAUCACCCCGGGGGCCUGGGGGAAGCGGGACUCGCGCCCGAAGGGGCUUCUCUGUCACCCGGGGCCCCGCGGGCAGCAUGCCCCUGCAGGCAGGGGGAGCUGGGCUGAACUGGCCUUCCCGGGGGCUCAGCUCUCGCCCUAGAGCCCCCCAGAUGCGCCCCCGCCUGGGCCCCCCGGUGGCGUGAGGGCACCUCCUCUGAGGGGCGCCGCUCGCCCCUCUCUGGGCCGCCCCGGGGGCUCCCCCCCACCCCCGGCUGGCCGGAGGAUGGACGAGGAGGAGGAUGGAGCGGGCGCUGAGGAGUCGGGACAGUCCCAGAGCUUCACGAGGCGCAACGACCUGUCGGGGGCCGGGGGCCAGCCGGGGCUGGGGUCGGCGGAAAAGGACCCGGGCAGUGCGGACUCCGAGGCGGAGGGGCUGCCGUACCCGGCGCUGGCCCCCGUGGUUUUCUUCUACUUGAACCAGGACAGCCGCCCGCGGAGCUGGUGUCUCCGCACGGUCUGUAACCCCUGGUUUGAGCGUAUCAGUAUGCUGGUCAUCCUUCUCAACUGUGUGACCCUUGGCAUGUUCCGGCCUUGCGAGGAUAUUGCCUGUGACUCCCAGCGCUGCCGAAUCUUGCAGGCCUUUGAUGACUUCAUCUUUGCCUUCUUCGCGGUGGAAAUGGUGGUGAAGAUGGUGGCACUGGGAAUCUUUGGGAAAAAGUGUUACCUGGGAGACACUUGGAAUCGGUUGGACUUUUUCAUCGUCAUCGCAGGGAUGCUGGAGUACUCACUGGACCUGCAGAACGUCAGCUUGUCAGCAGUCAGGACAGUCCGCGUGCUGCGACCGCUCAGGGCCAUUAACCGGGUGCCCAGCAUGCGCAUCCUGGUCACCCUGCUGCUGGACACGCUGCCCAUGCUGGGCAACGUCCUGCUGCUCUGCUUCUUCGUCUUCUUCAUCUUUGGCAUCGUGGGUGUGCAGCUGUGGGCAGGGCUGCUUCGGAACCGAUGCUUCCUGCCCGAGAACUUCAGCCUCCCCCUGAGCGUGGACCUGGAGCGCUAUUAUCAAACAGAGAAUGAGGACGAGAGCCCCUUCAUCUGCUCGCAGCCGCGGGAGAACGGCAUGCGCUCCUGCCGCAGUGUGCCCACCUUGCGUGGUGAUGGUGGCGGUGGCCCACCCUGUGGCCUGGACUACGAGGCCUACAACAGCUCCAGCAACACCACCUGUGUCAACUGGAACCAGUAUUACACCAACUGCUCUGCGGGGGAGCACAAUCCCUUCAAGGGGGCCAUCAACUUCGACAACAUUGGCUAUGCCUGGAUCGCCAUCUUCCAGGUCAUCACACUGGAGGGCUGGGUGGACAUCAUGUACUUCGUCAUGGAUGCCCACUCCUUCUACAACUUCAUCUACUUCAUCCUCCUCAUCAUCGUGGGCUCCUUCUUCAUGAUCAACCUGUGCCUGGUGGUGAUUGCCACACAGUUCUCAGAGACCAAGCAGCGAGAAAGCCAGCUGAUGCGGGAGCAGCGUGUGCGCUUUCUCUCCAACGCCAGCACCCUGGCUAGCUUCUCAGAGCCAGGCAGCUGCUAUGAGGAGCUGCUUAAGUACCUGGUCUACAUCCUUAGGAAGGCAGCCCGUAGGCUGGCCCAGGUGUCUCGGGCAGUGGGCGUACGGGCCGGGCUGCUGAGCAGCCCAGCACCUCUCGGGAGCCAGGAGCCCCAGGCUGGCAACAGCUCUUCUCACUCCCGCCGACGCCUGUCUGUCCACCACCUGGUGCACCACCACCACCACCAUCACCACCACUAUCACCUGGGCAACGGGACGCUCAGGGCACCCCGAGCCAGUCCAGAGAUCCAGGACAGGGAUGCCAAUGGGUCCCGCCGGCUCAUGCUGCCACCACCCUCAACACCCACCCUCUCCAGGGGCCCUCCGGGGGGUGCCGAAUCUGUGCACAGCUUCUACCAUGCUGACUGCCACUUGGAACCAAUCUGCUGCCAGGCACCCCCUCCCAGGUCCCCUUCAGAGGCAUCAGGCAGGACUGUGGGCAGCGGGAAGGUGUACCCCACCGUGCAUACCAGCCCUCCGCCAGAGAUGCUGAAGGAAAAGGCGCUAGUGGAGGUGGCCCCCAGAUCUGGGCCCCCCACCCUCACCAGCUUCAACAUCCCACCUGGGCCCUACAGCUCCAUGCACAAGCUGCUGGAAACACAGAGUACAGGCACCUGCCAGAGCUCUUGCAAGCUCUCCAGCCCUUGCCUGAAGGCUGACCGUGGAGCCUGUGGUCCUGACAGCUGCCCCUACUGUGCCCGGGCAGGCUCAGGGGAGGUGGAACUCGCUGAGCAUGAGAUGCCUGACUCGGACAGCGAGGCGGUAUAUGAGUUCACACAGGAUGCCCAGCACAGUGACCUCCGAGACCCCCACAGCCGGCGGAGACGACCAAGUUCAGGCCGAGAGGCGGAGCCCAACUCUGUGCUGGCCUUCUGGAGGCUCAUCUGCGACACCUUCCGGAAGAUCGUGGACAGCAAGUACUUUGGCCGGGGAAUCAUGAUCGCUAUCCUGGUCAACACACUCAGCAUGGGCAUCGAGUACCACGAGCAGCCAGAAGAGCUGACCAAUGCCCUGGAAAUCAGCAACAUCGUCUUCACCAGCCUCUUUGCCCUGGAGAUGCUGCUGAAGCUGCUCGUGUAUGGCCCCUUCGGCUACAUCAAGAAUCCCUACAACAUCUUUGAUGGCGUCAUUGUUGUCAUCAGCGUGUGGGAGAUCGUAGGCCAGCAGGGGGGCGGCCUGUCAGUGCUGCGGACUUUCCGCCUGAUGCGGGUGCUGAAGCUGGUGCGCUUCCUGCCGGCGCUGCAGCGGCAGCUCGUGGUGCUCAUGAAGACCAUGGACAACGUGGCCACCUUCUGCAUGCUGCUUAUGCUCUUCAUCUUCAUCUUCAGCAUCCUGGGCAUGCACCUCUUCGGCUGUAAGUUUGCAUCCGAGCGGGACGGGGAUACACUGCCGGACCGCAAGAAUUUUGACUCCCUGCUGUGGGCCAUUGUCACCGUCUUUCAGAUCCUGACCCAGGAGGACUGGAAUAAAGUCCUCUACAACGGUAUGGCCUCCACUUCAUCCUGGGCUGCCCUCUAUUUCAUCGCGCUCAUGACCUUCGGCAACUACGUGCUCUUUAACCUGCUGGUCGCCAUUCUGGUGGAGGGCUUCCAGGCGGAGGAAAUCAGCAAACGGGAAGAUACGAGUGGACAGUUAAGCUGUAUUCAGCUGCCUGUCGACUCCCAGGGGGGAGAUGCCACCAAGUCGGAGUCGGAGCCUGAUGUCUUCUCGCCCAGCCUGGAUGGUGAGGGGGACAGGAAGAAGCACUUGGCCUUGGUGUCCCUGGGGGAGCACCCAGAGCUGCGGAAGAGUUUGUUGCCUCCUCUCAUCAUCCACACAGCCGCCACACCCAUGUCGCUGCCCAAGAGCAACAGCACGGGCCUGGGCGAGGCGCUGGGCCCAGGCUCCCGCCGCACCAGCAGCAGCGGCUCCGCCGAGCCUGGGGCAGCCCCCGAGAUGAAGUCACCGGUAGGGCCAAGUGCUCGCAGCUCUCCGCACAGUCCCUGGAGCGCAGCCAGCAGCUGGACCAGCCGGCGUUCUAGCCGCAACAGCCUGGGCCGCGCCCCCAGCCUCAAGCGGAGGAGCCCAAGUGGGGAGAGGCGGUCCCUGCUGUCGGGUGAGGGCCGGGAGAGCCAAGACGAGGAGAGCUCGGAGGAGGAGAGGGCCAGCCCUGCCGGCAGUGACCGUUGCCACAGGGGCUCCCUGGAGCGGGAAGCCAAGAGCUCCUUUGACCUGCCGGACACGCUGCAGGUGCCUGGGCUGCACCGCACAGCCAGUGGCCGCAGCUCUGCCUCUGAGCACCAGGACUGCAAUGGCAAGUCAUCUUCGGGGCGCCUGGCCCGGGCUCUGCGGCCCGAUGACCCCCCACUGGAUGGGGAUGACGGCGAUGACGAGGGCAAUCUGAGCAAAGGGGAACGGAUCCGAGCCUGGGUCCGGGCCCGGCUCCCUGCCUGCUGCCGCGAGCGAGACACUUGGUCUGCCUACAUCUUCCCUCCUCAGUCGAAGUUCCGCCUCCUGUGCCACCGGAUCAUCACCCACAAGAUGUUCGACCACGUGGUCCUUGUCAUCAUCUUCCUCAACUGCAUCACCAUUGCCAUGGAGCGCCCCAAAAUCGACCCUCACAGUGCUGAACGCAUCUUCCUGACCCUCUCCAACUACAUCUUCACCGCAGUCUUUCUGGCCGAAAUGACAGUAAAGGUGGUGGCACUGGGCUGGUGCUUUGGGGAGCAAGCCUACCUGCGCAGUAGCUGGAAUGUGCUGGACGGGCUGCUCGUGCUCAUCUCGGUCAUCGACAUCCUCGUGUCCAUGGUCUCAGACAGCGGCACCAAGAUCCUGGGCAUGCUCAGGGUGCUGCGGCUGCUGCGGACCCUGCGCCCACUCAGGGUCAUCAGCCGGGCACAGGGGCUGAAGCUGGUGGUGGAGACGCUGAUGUCCUCACUGAAGCCCAUCGGCAACAUUGUGGUCAUCUGCUGUGCCUUCUUCAUCAUCUUCGGCAUCCUGGGCGUGCAGCUCUUCAAAGGCAAGUUCUUCGUGUGUCAGGGCGAGGACACCAGAAAUAUCACCAACAAGUCGGACUGUGCCGAGGCCAGUUACCGGUGGGUUCGACACAAGUACAACUUCGACAACUUGGGCCAGGCCUUGAUGUCCCUGUUUGUGCUGGCCUCCAAGGAUGGCUGGGUGGACAUCAUGUAUGAUGGACUGGAUGCCGUGGGAGUGGACCAGCAGCCCAUCAUGAACCACAACCCCUGGAUGCUGCUCUACUUCAUCUCGUUCCUGCUCAUCGUGGCCUUCUUCGUCCUGAACAUGUUUGUGGGUGUGGUGGUGGAGAACUUCCACAAGUGCCGGCAGCACCAGGAGGAAGAGGAGGCCCGACGACGGGAGGAGAAGCGCCUGCGAAGACUGGAGAAAAAGAGAAGGAAUCUAAUGCUGGACGAUGUAAUUGCUUCCGGCAGCUCAGCCAGUGCUGCGUCAGAAGCCCAGUGCAAACCCUACUACUCCGACUACUCCCGUUUCCGGCUGCUUGUCCACCACUUGUGCACCAGCCACUACCUGGAUCUCUUCAUCACGGGUGUCAUCGGGCUCAACGUGGUCACCAUGGCCAUGGAGCACUAUCAGCAGCCCCAGAUCCUGGACGAGGCUCUAAAGAUCUGCAACUAUAUCUUCACCGUCAUCUUCGUCUUAGAGUCUGUCUUCAAACUUGUGGCCUUUGGCUUCCGGCGCUUCUUCCAGGACAGGUGGAACCAGCUAGACCUGGCCAUUGUGCUGCUUUCCAUCAUGGGCAUCACGCUGGAGGAGAUAGAGGUCAAUGCCUCACUGCCCAUCAACCCCACCAUCAUUCGCAUCAUGAGGGUGCUGCGCAUUGCCCGAGUGCUCAAGCUGCUGAAGAUGGCUGUGGGCAUGCGAGCGUUGCUGGACACAGUGAUGCAGGCCCUGCCCCAGGUGGGGAACCUGGGACUUCUCUUCAUGUUGUUGUUUUUCAUCUUUGCAGCUCUGGGCGUGGAGCUCUUUGGAGACCUGGAGUGUGACGAGACACACCCCUGUGAGGGCCUGGGCCGCCAUGCCACCUUCCGGAACUUUGGCAUGGCCUUCUUGACCCUCUUCCGGGUCUCUACCGGGGACAACUGGAACGGGAUCAUGAAGGACACACUCCGGGACUGUGACCAGGAGUCCACCUGCUACAACACAGUCAUCUCCCCCAUCUACUUCGUGUCCUUUGUGCUCACGGCACAGUUCGUGCUGGUCAACGUGGUGAUCGCAGUGCUGAUGAAGCACCUGGAGGAGAGCAACAAGGAGGCCAAGGAGGAGGCUGAGCUGGAGGCUGAGCUGGAGCUGGAGCUGAAGACACUCAGCCCGCAGCCCCACUCGCCGCUGGGCAGCCCCUUCCUCUGGCCUGGGGCCGAGGGUCCCGACAGCCCUGAUGGCCCCAAGCCUGGAGUUCCCCAGCCAGAAGCCCACCCAAGAGCAGCCUCCCGCAUCUCCCUGGAGCACCCCACGGACAGACAGCUGUUCGACACCAUGUCCCUGCUGAUCCAGGGCUCCCUGGAGGGGGAGCUGAAGCUGAUGGAGGAGCUGGUAGGCCCCGGCGGCCAGCCCUCUGCCUUUCCUUCCGCCCCCAGCCCGGGCGGCUCCGAGCCACAGAUCCCUCUAGCGGAGAUGGAGGCUCUGUCUCUGACGUCAGAGAUUGUGUCUGACCCGUCCUGCUCUCUAGCUCUGACGGAUGACUCUUUGCCUGAUGACCCUCACACACUCUUACUUAGUGCCCCGGAUCACAACAUGGAUCCUCACCUCCAGGAGGUGCCCGGCACCCUGGGACCAGACCUGCUGACUGUGCGCAAGUCUGCGGUCAGCCGGACACACUCCCUGCCCAAUGACAGCUACAUGUGCCGGGACGGGAGCACCACUGAGGGGUCCCAGGGAGCCAGCGGCUGGGGGCUCCCCAAGGCCCAGUCAGGCUCUGUCUUGUCCUUCCACUCCCAGCCAGCAGACACCAGCUACAUCCUGCAGCUUCCCAAAGAUGCACCCCACCUGCUCCAGCCCCGCAGCGCCCCUACCUGGGGCACCAUCCCCAAACUACCCCCUCCAGGCCGCUCCCCUUUGGCUCAACGGCCCCUCAGGCGCCAGGCAGCAAUAAGGACGGAUUCCUUGGACGUUCAGGGCCUUGGCAGCCGGGAAGAUCUGCUGUCGGAGGUGCACGGGCCCUCCCCGCCCCUGGUCCGCUCCUCCUCCCUCUGGGGCCGCCCCAGCAGCCAGGCCCAGCAGCACGUGUGCAGCCACAGCAAGAUCUCGAAGCACAAGGCCCUGCCAGUCCUUUGCCCUGGCCAGGAGCCCAGCCAGAGCAAGGGCCCUCCAGAGAGCAGAAGCAGCUUCGAGCUGGACACUGAGUUGAGCUGGCUUUCGGGGGACCUCCCGCCCCUGGGCAGCCAGGAGGUACCAUCCUCCCCGCGUGACCUCAAGAAGUGCUACAGCGUGGAAGCCCAGGGAUGCCGGCGCCGGCCCGGGGCCUGGCUGGAUGAGCAGAGGAGACACUCCAUCGCCGUCAGCUGCCUGGACAGCGGGGGUGGCUCCCAGGCCCACCUGGGCCCCAUCACCUCGGGCCUCCCUGGCCAGCAGCCGCUCGGGGGUCCUGGGAGCCGGCCCAAGAAAAAACUCAGCCCACCCAGCAUCUCCAUAGACCCUCCCGAGAGCCAGGGCACACACCUCACAGCCAGCCCCGGGGUCUGCCUGCGGAGGAGGGCUCCACCCAGUGACGCCAAGGACGCCUCAACCUCGGGCCCUCCUGAGAGCUCGGCUGCCUUGCCCUCCCCGAAGAAAGAUGUGCUGAGUCUCUCGGGUCUGUCCUCUGAGCCGGCAACCCUGGACCCAUGAGCCCCACCCACCCAUCUCCCUCUCACCACUCCACUGGGUGCCAAAUCCUAGCUCCUCCUCCUGGGCUAUCUUGCUCAAGUUCCACAGAGACUCAAGGAGGCGCUUCCCGUGCCCCCAAACCCCUCCACUGCCUCUGCGACUCUGGGGCCCUGCAGGCAGAACUUCUAGAGAGUUCCAAGCAGCAGCCCUGGCCAUGGCAGGGAGGCCCCAGGGACCGCCGAGGUUCCCAGCACCAAGAGCUGUUGGGAGAAAGCAAUACGUUUGUGCAGAAUCUCGAUGUAUAUUCUAUUUUAUUAAAUUAAUUGAAUCUAGUCUAAGCGGGAUGUAUGACAUUUUUGUGACCUAAGACUUGUCUCCUUCCACUCCUGUGUUUCCGAGGCGAAGGCGUCUGUCCCUUUCUUGGCUGUUUUAACCUAAAAUAACCAGUCCAGUGACCUUCUCUUCUUGCAAAGCACAAGUGGCAAACGCCCGUGCGUUCCAGCCCCCAACGGUGGUCCGUCUGCAGCGGCGAGUGAGACCUCUUUUCUGGAAACUGUCGUGUAACUUAUUUUCUCCUUUAACCUUGGCAUCAUUUUCUGUAGGGGGGUUAAAAAAAACAAAAAGAAAAAUGAGAUUUUACAAAUGAAAUGGAACCUUUUUAUAUAUAUAUACAUACAUACAU